GGUGCCGCUCCCGCCUGGGUCAGCCGGCCAGUCCGUUCCCGGCCAGGACUCCUCGUGAGCAGAGCCGGGCGUCCGAGGCGCGCCACUCCCCUGCCGGCCGCGACCUCUGGGCUCCGCCCCGCCCUUCCCCGGCCCCUCCUUCCCCGGGAUCCGACGUGCCGAGAGGUGGAGACUGGCUGGGGAGGAGGAGGAGGAGGAGGAGGAGGAGGGUCACCCGCCACUGGCCGACCUGGAGGCACCCCGGCGGGGCGGAGCCGUGCGCCAGGGCGCGGCACCCCCGUCCUCGCCUCCCAGCGCGGCCGGCCGGCGCGCCCCCGACGACGCCCAGGCCAGGCGGGAUGUCGGGCUUGGACUACCUGGCGGCCGAGUGCCUGGUGUCCAUCUCCAGCGGGGCCCUCGUCCACCCGCCCGCCCCCCCGGAAGACUGGACGCCGCGCCCCGGCUGCCGCUCGGCAGCGCUCCCCAACGGGCUGGGUCCGGCGCCGCUGCCCGGCGGAGGGGGCCCGCUGGCGGGCGGCUGCGCGGCUCUCCCGGAGAGGCCCCGGCGAGCCCCCGACGGCGCGCCCGGCCCGGCCGCCCCGUCGCCCAAGAGGCACCGGUGCCCUUUCCAAGACUGCGCCAAGAUCUACGGCAAGUCGUCGCACCUGAAGGCGCAUCUCCGGACGCACACCGGUGAGAGGCCUUUCCCCUGCACCUGGCCCGGCUGCCAGAAGAGGUUUGCCCGCUCCGAUGAGCUGGCCCGUCAUCUGCGCACGCACACCGGAGAGAAGCGCUUCGCCUGCCCGCUCUGCGACAAGCGUUUCAUGCGCAGCGACCACCUGACCAAGCACGCCCGGCGCCACCCUGCCUUCCAGCCGGGGAUGGUCCGACGGCCCAACUGCCACAGCGCGUCCCCCAGCGACUCGGCUGCGAGCAGUCUGGCCGGGAGCCCUGCCCCAGACAGCCCCACCUCUGACAGCCCCGCCCCUUAAAAGGCUCGGGACGGAAACCCCGGCAGGCCUGGUGCUCUGUGCUUCUCGGAAAGAUGCCAUCCCAAACCUCAGAAGACGCCGGGUGGCCGUUCUGUGUGGUGAAACUUUGCAAUCCAAUAGUUCUCUCCCCCACCGUCGGUCUGGAGUUCCCACAACUGGGAGAUGCCCCUCGGCUCCAGCUGCCGAGCCCAGUGGAAUCCCCCAGAUCUAUGCAGUGACAGUGAUAAGCAUCUCAGCCAGAUAGGAUAUUUCUAAUCAAUGCCCUUUGAAUCUAGCAUUCUCCCCCUGCAUCAGAGCAGUUGCGUCUGUUCCCCCGGCAUGAGAGACUCUGCGACUGGCAUCCACGCUCCCAUGAAGAUUUUUAACCCGCCGUUUGCUGCCGCUCCCCGGUAUUUGGGAACAGAAGGCCGCGGAGUCCAAGACCUGUCCUACCCAGCUAUCCAUUUCCACCCUAAACUGGAGCCUGCUGGAAAAUUCAGUCCUUUGUUUUUUUCCCCCCUAGUGCCAAAGGUAUUCUGCCCCUGAACAUGGAGGAUCCAUUCUUCACUGUCAUGGCCAGCCGCAAUGGAUGAGAGACAACAGCGCUACUUUUCCUGAAUGGGGCAGAUCCUUUUAAACGUAGGCCCCCCUGCAUCCUUUCGCCGUGAAUUCUAUACAUUGCUUAGAUGUUGAACGGAGAAGGAAUUUCAGACGUGAGGCUGUUUCAGCCGGGCCCUGGCUGUGUCUGGCGUGGUCAGACUCAGUUAUACCGUUUCCUUCGCUUCCACCCCCCCCCCCCCCCCAAAUUGCUCCCCCUUGGCUUACGUGGUUGCAUCCCUCUCCUAUUUUUCUGAACUUAAUAUAAGGAUUAGUUGU